AUGAACUCCAUUAAAAAGUGAGUACAAUUUUAUAACAAUUGUUUAAUUCAUCGAUAUAAGUAUGUUGGAAAUUUGCCUGGUUUGAAUGAUUGAUUAAAAUGUGUUUCCUAUUACUUACUUCUUCAUGUUUAGAUUUAAAAUCCGUAUGUAUAUACUUUGCCAUUACGAAAUUCAUAAGUUAUAAAAUGAAAUAUGAUAAUUUUUUUUCAUAAUAAAUAAAAUGUACCCAGAUACUGUAACUAGUUGUUUACUUAUUUGAUUUCAGAAAUGUUCAAGAUACGUAUGCUAGGGAGUAUCUUGUAAGUUUAUUUUCAUUUUUUUUAUUGAUUUAUUGUUUUAUUAAAUUAUUUAAAUAAUUCUAGGCACUCAAUAAAAGAAGUGAUGGUAGAGGAUUGAUGGGAUUUCGUGAUGUGUCACUAAAUCUGAGUUCUAUACAUACAGCGGAUGGAUCAGCUGCUGUCAAAAUUGGAAAUACAGCUGUGAUUUGUGGCAUUAAAGCAGUUAGUAUUUGUUUAUUACAGUCCAUUCUUAAUAUAUUUGUAAAUAUCUUAAAACACUAUUUUAGGAAUUAGGUGUUCCUAAAUCCGAAACUCCAAAUGUUGGAUACCUUAUAGUAAAUGUUGAACUGCCUAGUUUAUGCUAUAAAAAAAUACGACCUGGAAUACCGUGUGAUGAAGCAAUGCAAACUACCAGUUUUCUAAAUGAAGUGUGUAAUAAUUGCAAAAUUAUAGACCUACAACAAUUAUGUAUAUGUGUUGAUAAAUUAGUAUGGGUUCUAUCAUGCGACAUAUAUUGUUUAAACUAUGAUGGAUCUGUUUUAGAUGCAUGUUUGAUAGCUUUGUUAUCAGCAAUACAGACAGGUAUUAAAAACUGUUAUAUUAAUAUGUAUCAAUUUAUUUUUUUUAUUUUUUUUAUUUUUCAGUUAAAAUACCAGAAGUUAAAUACGAUAAAGAAACUGAAGAAACGACUGUUUUUGAAAAUUACAAUCUUCUAAAAGUUAAUAGUUUACCUGUGUCUGUUACUUUUAGUCUAUUCAAUGAAAAACAUAUUUUAGCUGACCCAACUGAAGAAGAAGAGCAAUUAUGUGCUAGUAAAUUAACAAUUGUUACCAACGGUAGUUUAUUAUAUUCAUUACACAAACCAGGUAUGUCACAUUUACCAGAAGGAUCUUUAUAUUUUAUAAUUUACUUUUUGUUGUUUUUUUUCAAUAUUUUAUUCAAUCUAAAUUCAUUGUAAAAUUGAUUUAAGGAAAACAACUUGAUGGAUCGUGUUUCUUUUUAUAUUAAAAGUAUACUACUAAACAAAAAUCCAAUUCCCCUCCCCCCCCUUUAAUGACUCCUGAAUCUUUUAGUAUAAAAUUACUAUAUAAUUUUUUAGAAAAUUUAAAUCACUCAAAUGUAGUUUAACAUAUUUCAUUUGUAAAUUAUUAUGAACUAGCAUAAUAUUAAUAUAUAUAUAUAUAGGAUGAUUCACUAAGCAUGCUCACCCCAUUUUUCUAGUUAAAUUUUGCAUGCAUUGAAAUUCUGAUUUUUGGAAUUUAUAAGUGUAGUUUAAAGCCAAUAUUUUCGAAUACUUAAAUUUUUCACAACAUUUAAGGAGUAUCCUGUAUAUUUAAAAUUGCAUAAAUAGUCUGAGUAUUACUUUAAAUACAUUUUUGAUUUCCAUCAACCUGUUUUUUGAAACAUUGCACUUCUAAGUUUAAGAAGUAGGGAGAGUAGUGAAAUCUUAUUUGUAUGGCGUUUUAUUAGUGUUAGUGCUCCACUAUUCCCUCCUACCUAAACUUAAAAAUUUAAUAUCUUGUCAACGGGUUGUUAGAAAUCAAAAUGUACUUAAAGUAAUACUACAUACUUUUUUUAAUACGUAUUCUCAUUUUAAAAAAACCAAGGUUGGUAUUGCCACUUAAAUGUUGUGUAAAAAUAUUAGCAUUAACUACACGUACAAAUUCCAAAAAUCAUUUUUUCAAUAAAUGCAAAAUUUAAAUAUAAAAAUGGAGUGGGCGCGUUUAGUAAAUUACCUUAACAUAUAAAAUAAAAUAAUUUUUUUAUUUGUUAAAUUUAUAUAUAUUUUUUUAGGAGGUGAUUUCAUAAAAGAUAGCCAAAUUCAGAAUUGCGUGCAACAUGCCAAAAAAAGAGCUAAUACGAUUCAUAAGUUAAUAAAAGCCGCUAAGUAA